GAGAGAGUAAUCAAGAUCACUCAACACAAGCCAGCAGCCCCCAGAGCUGUGGCCGGACACACUGAAGAGGACACUUCCAGCUUCACAAGGCUGGGCAUUUUUCCCAACCUGGGCAUUUGGCCAGUUGGCUUGACAAGUAGACUAUGAUGGAAUGUAUCGCAAAUUUCUUCACCUAUGAGACCACCAAAUCAGUGGUGGUGAAGAGCUGGACAAUUGGCAUUAUUAACCGAGUAGUGCAGCUCCUUAUCAUUGCCUAUUUUGUCGGGUGGGUGUUCCUACAUGAAAAGGCGUAUCAGACUCGGGACACCGCCAUUGAGUCUUCAGUCAUGACCAAAGUCAAGGGGUUUGGCGUGUAUAACAACAGAGUCAUGGACGUUGCAGACUACGUCACCCCUGCUCAGGGGGCAUCAGUUUUUUGCAUCAUCACUAAGUUCAUCACUACAGACAACCAAGUGCAGGGGUCCUGCCCAGAGAGUGAAACAAAAUAUUCCUGCAAUUCGGAUGAUGACUGCAAGCGCUUCUUGCUGAAGACAAUUGGCAAUGGUGUGAAGACUGGACGCUGUGUAAAUUAUAAUGAGACGUUCAAGACAUGUGAAAUCCGAGGCUGGUGUCCUGCUGAGAUUGACUCUGUCCAUUACCAGCCAAUGCUCGAGGCUGAGAACUUCACUAUUUUCAUCAAGAACAGCAUUCGAUUCCCUCUAUUCAACUUCACUAAGGGGAACCUUUUACCAAAUAUUACAAAGGAAUACAUUGAGACCUGUUUAUUUGAUCCCAGGACAGACAUCUAUUGUCCCAUCUUUAGGUUGGGUGAUGUUGUUCGAUUUGCUGGACAGGACUUCAAAACACUGGCUGAUCGGGGAGGUGUGAUUGGGAUUAAAAUUGGAUGGGUCUGCGAUCUGGAUAAAUCGGAUGACCAAUGCAACCCUGCCUACUCCUUUACCAGGCUGGACAGUGUCUCAGCGAAAACCAAGGUUUCUCCAGGGUACAACUUCAGGUACGCCAAAUACUUCAAGAAGGCAGAUGGAACAGAGCACCGGAUUUUGCUUAAAGCUCACGCAAUCCGAAUUGAUGUACUCGUCUAUGGAAACGCUGGCAAAUUCAAUAUGAUUCCUACACUGAUCAACAUUGUAGCCGCCUUCACGUCUGUUGGAGUGGGGACGGUGCUCUGUGACAUCAUCCUGCUGAAUUUCCUGAAGGGCGCGGAGCAGUACAAGGCCAAGAAGUUUGAGGAGGUUACAGAGCACCAGAUAAAAUCGGCUCUCUCUACCAGCAAUGAACUUUGCAAAAGCAACCAAACACUCUCCAUCAAGUAUGACGAGAAGCAGUCCACUGACUCCGGGGCUUACUCGAUUGGGCAGUAGGGCUGGCGGUCGGCUCAGAACAGCCAAUGGCCUGUGAGGUGGGGUUACCUGUAGUGGAGUGCCCCGAAUUUAGGAGGAGAAUAGCAUUUCCUGGAUCUCACUAUUGCCUUGAAAUUGCGAUGACAAUGUAUGUUUUUGAUAUACUCCUUAUUGUGAUAGUAAUUCAGACGUGAUGUCACUGUAGCCAACGUUUGCCAUGCUGAGGGCUGCUGUCUUCAUAAAAAUCCUAACACACCGAUCAUGACGCAAGUCUACACGCACCAGUUUGUAUCAUAGUUUUAAAGUGGAAAUCUCCUUUGUGACUUGUAAUUUAUCAUGUAUAGUAGUAUGUGUACUUUAUAAGGAAAAUUAUGUUGUGUAUACAAGACUUAUAUUUGAGGAGAUCAUCAUUUUAGGGAAAUUAGGGUAUGUUUUCUGGACAUUUGUUAUUUUAAUUUCAGCCUUCUUCCCUUGUGCCAUAACUGCUUAUUUCACUGAAUUAGAAAAACCUAAACAGCAGUGUGGAAUGAUUUUAUAAUGCUGGGCAGAUCCCGUCACCUUAUCCAUCACUUCAUCUGGACUGAAGACUGCAUGGGCUGCUCCAGCGAUUUGCAGGAUUUAACUUUCCAUGUUUGGACCGAGUCUAUCAUGGUGGUAGGGUACAAAGUAUUUACCCACCCUGAUUUUCUGUGUCAUUCCAAAAAUCUGACAUUAAACCAACAACCAAAAUAAAGGACCACUGAGUGAACAAACAAUGGUAUAUAUAUUUAACAUAUGUUAUUUAUUUAAUGAAAAAAGCUUUGGAACACCAACUGGCACAAUGUGAAAAAGUAUUUACCCCCUUUACAGUUAAUAAAUGGUUGUGCCACCUUCAGUUUCAAUGAACCAAAAGCAACCAAAAGAUUCCCAUAAUUCAAUAGCCGUCUUUCACAUGAUCGUGGAGGAAUUUUAACCUGUUGCUUUAAUUCAGAAACUUUGGUAGAUUUUCAAGAGUGAAAUGCUG